CUGGACCGUUCUAAAGAUGUACUGCAGGUACUGAUGGGAAGGGGUUCAAUAUGAAUGUAAAUGAUGUUGGAGGAAGACGACGCUUUGAGGACAGUGAGUUUACACUACACGUAUAUCCUGGGAGCAUUGCUGAAGGAACCAUCUAUUGCCCUAUUACCGCCAGAAAAACAUCAACAGCUGCUGAGGUAAUAGACUCUCUCAUUAAUAAACUCCAACUAGACAAAACAAAAUGUUAUGUCCUAGCAGAGGUGAAGGAGUUUGGUGGGGAGGAAUGGAUUCUCAACCCUACAGACUGCCCUGUCCAACGCAUGAUGUUGUGGCCCCGCAUGGCCCUGGAGAACCGACUGAGUGGGGAAGACUAUCGCUUCCUUCUGAGGGAGAAGAAUCUAGAUGGGUCUAUUCAUUAUGGCAGUCUACAGUCCUGGUUACAGGUGACAGAAGAGCGUCGCAGGAUGAUGGAACGUGGAUUCCUUCCUCAGCCGCAGCAGAAGGACUAUGAUGAUUUGUGCAGUUUACCAGAUUUAAAUGAGAAAACACUCUUGGAAAAUCUCAGAAACCGCUUUAAGCAGGAAAAAAUUUAUACCUAUGUAGGCAGCAUUCUGAUAGUCAUUAAUCCAUUCAAAUUUCUCCCCAUUUACAAUCCUAAGUAUGUUAAAAUGUAUGAUAAUCAUCAGCUGGGAAAGUUGGAGCCCCAUAUUUAUGCUGUGGCUGAUGUGGCCUACCAUGCUAUGCUUCAGCGCAGGAAGAACCAGUGCAUCGUGAUUUCAGGAGAAAGUGGGUCAGGGAAAACACAGAGUACAAACUUUCUGAUUCAUCACCUCACUGCUCUCAGCCAGAAGGGAUUUGUUAGUGGAGUAGAACAGAUUAUUCUUGGAGCCGGACCAGUGCUUGAG